CUCUCUCUCUCUCUCUCUCUCUCUCUCUCUCCUUUUUUACAGCCUAAAAAGUUAACUUCAUCUCACUAUGAGUCGAAUAGGCUACACCAUUAAGGCGUCUGAAUAAUCCUAACUCGCUUGUAUGUUUUGGAGCCAGAUUAAGCCCAGUGUGCUUUUCAGGGUUUUAAUGACUGACAGCUGAAAACAUGUUGCACGAAGAGGCGCUCGGUGCUUUGCUUUGGGACCUUUCCGGUUUCUGCACAACAGCUGUGCGGCGGUGGCGCGCUCUAAAAUGAAAAACACUUUGUGAAACGACAAUAACAGACUUUAAAGGGGAAAAAAAGUAGAGAAAAAGCUGCGCGCUUGGACUCUGAGCAGGACUCCAGGGCUCAUCAGAUGCGUGUUGGAGAGGAUCGGGACGCAGUAGUGGGCUGCGCACUGACUUCAGCUGGACUUCAUCCUCAGAGCCCACUUGGACACACAGCACCUAGCAGAGAGCGUCGCGACUUCUUUUCCAUGUCUUAUUUGAGACACUUUGUUGCGGAUACCUGCUUUGUCUCGUUGUGGAUGUUUCUGAGGAUCCAGCGGAGAGUUUUAGAAGCUGAGCAGAUACUGUGUGAGUGUUUUCCUGGGUCUGAGGCGCGUUCUUGCUGCGCCUUUCGUCACUCAUCACUCAGAUCCGAUGAAAUUACAUUAAGUGAUUAAUGAAGGAUCCAGGUCGCUGAAUAAAUAAAUAAAUAAAUCAAAAGAUUGAUCAUCAUAAUAAUAAUGGCCAGCUCGAACCGGAGCCGAGGAAGUGCGUGCCGGCUAGUGGCAGUUUGAUCGCGCCGUCUUCUGCGCCUCGUCUCUCCGCCUUGUAGUGAUCAUGUUGCCGGUGUUCGCUUUGCUCAUCGCGCAGCUCUUGUUCGGAGGCUGCACGGGUCUCCUGCCGGAGAUCGGGCGCCGAAAGAACAGCCCUCACCUCUCCCAGGACGCGCUGGACGCUUUCGAGCUGCGUCUGCUCACCAUGUUCGGGCUGAAGCAAAGGCCGAGUCCGAGCAGGUCAGCAGUGGUGCCGCAGUACAUGCUGGAUCUGUUCUCCACGUAUUCAGCCACCAGCGCCGAGCAAAAGCACCACAAAGCGAAGAGCACAGUGGGCAGGAGCGCAGACAGAUCCGCUAGUCGGGCGAACACAGUACGCAGCUUCCAUCAUGAUGAAUCUACAGAGGAGCUGUCAAGUCACAGUGGAAAGACGACUCAAAGGUUCCUCUUUAAUCUGAGCUCCAUCCCAGGAGAGGAGUUUGUCACAUCAGCAGAGCUGAGGAUUUACAGGGAGCAGGUGAUGAUGAACAGUAGCAGCAACAGCAGUGCAGGGUACCAUCGCAUUAACAUCCAUGAGAUCAUCAAGCCUGCACUUCCUUUUAAAGAGCCUAUCACAAGACUUCUAGAUACCAGACUGGUUCAGCACAGCCUGAGCAAGUGGGAGAGCUUUGAUGUGAGUCCUGCUGUCCUGCGGUGGACCACAGAGGGUAACACCAACCAUGGCUUUGUGGUGGAGGUGGUUCACCCAGGCGAUGCAGAAAGAGACUACAAGAGACAUGUCAGAGUCAGCAGGUCGCUGCAUGACAGCACAGACUCGUGGCCUCAGAUGAGGCCGCUGCUGGUGACGUUCAGCCACGAUGGCAAAGGACACGUGCUCCACUCUCGGGAGAAACGGCAAGUGCGAGUCAACAAGCCAAAGAAGAAACACAAAGCCAACUGCAGGAGGCACUCGCUCUAUGUGGACUUCAGCGACGUGGGCUGGAAUGACUGGAUAGUGGCACCACCAGGCUACCAUGCUUUUUACUGCCAGGGAGAGUGUCCUUUCCCUCUGGCAGACCACCUAAACUCCACUAACCACGCCAUUGUACAGACACUGGUCAACUCAGUGAAUAGUAACAUUCCCAAGGCAUGCUGUGUGCCCACAGACCUGAGCCCCAUCUCCCUGCUCUAUUUAGAUGAGUAUGAGCGAGUGAUCCUGAAAAACUACCAGGACAUGGUGGUGGAAGGCUGUGGGUGCCGCUGAAGCACACGGACACUACAACACACUUUUGCAAAGACACUUUAUUUCCCAAUACUACCCUUUAUUUAUGCUAAGUAAAGUUUUAUAAGGACAAAAACAUAUUUUGAAAAAAAAAAAUAUAAAUCUAUAUUUAUGUCCACUAAUGGGAAAAUAAAUAUUUUAAUUGGAGUUCAGCUAAUGUAUUUUAUGAUGUACAUUUCAAUUAGUUUAAGUUCAAUUUACACACAUGAAGUAUACUGGUCAGAUUUUGUAUUUAUUUCUAUUGUAACCACUUUUAGUGAAUAGGUUAUAUCUAUUUAUGUGUAAUCAGGAAGACAAAAAAAAUAGAUAGAACACCUUAGAUGGGUUUAUGUGUCUCCUUUAAUUGCUAGACUGAAAAAGCAAGACUUGGGCUACUCUGUGCAGAGCUGCUAAAGCCCUAAAGUGUUAAAGAUGUGUUGCAAUUUCAGUUCCAUCCACGCUAUAGUGUCAAAUGGAGUACUGAACAUAUUCAAUAGAACAAAACCAUAUAGAACAUUGGGCCUUUCUUGAGCAAUAAGCAGUGGUGAAUGUGAAUGCACUUAUCUAGAAGCAAUGUGACAGGUAGUUGACACUGAAUCCUCAGGAACUUUGUUGGUAUGCGUGAGAUUCACAUUAUACCUUAAAAACAAUUGCUAUCUAUGUUCUUUUUGUCCUGAUGCUUUAGUUCCUUAAAGGUUACUGCAUUACCCUUCUAAUACCUUGUCAAGUCUCAAGUCUUAACUGAAUAUGUGCUGUUCACGAGAUGGCAUAAUAAUUAUUCUAAUGCCUCGACACUGUCAAGAACUCUGUUAUACAAAGGGGGAUGCUGUUGAAGAAGUCAGCUUCUUUGUCAUUUACAUGUCCAAAAAAGAGUACAUAAUGCAACCCCAUGCUGCUAGACAAAUAUUAUACUACAACAAUUAACCCUCUGUUUUGUUUUUCUCAUUUGGGGCUUUAUAUGUUAAUGAAAUUGGCCAAACCUCCCAGUGUUCGCUUACUUGAACUCAAAUGUCAAAGAUAAAAAAAAAUAAUAAAUAAACAGCUCUUGUCUAGGAGUCUUUAACAGGAUUUAUUGGUGUUCAACACCAGUAAGGGUUGAUAGAACUAUUCUGGAACAUUUUUCUUAUUUUUAGACUGCAUUUAGCUACGAUCUCCAUCCACUUUUCAUUAACUGGGCAAUGUAAAUGGAUGACCUGGGGUAUGGAAUGACUCUUGCCCUCCACACUGAAUAAAAUAACCAAUGUGAAAGGUAACAGAACAAAAGCUUUAUAAGCUUACAGCUAGGUUAAAUGUCAGAGGGAUUACAGCUCCACUUCUCCUUGGAUCAUAAAACGAGGUCUGUGGGAAGUCCUCUUUUUAUCUCUUUUACGGCUUUUGUUAAAAUGGAACAUGCUCCGCUUGGUUGAUAAAACGUCUUGACAUAUGAGUGUUUGAAAAAAAGAUGUCCAAAGUUCAUUAGAGGGUCAGUAACUGUAUGGCUUCGGAAAGUUACACUACGUCUUGGACACUCUUUUUCUUUUGAAAUAAGAGUGUGUGGUUUACAGAUGUGAGGAACCGAUACACCCUACCUGUCAAGGUGCGUGCUGAAGAAUCUGUAGUGUAUACAGUGCAUCUGGUCAUCUUCACUAGCACAGCAAUAAAGUAUCAAUGUAUCAGAGUGAUGUGAUAACUUUACUGAUCAAUCCAGAUGUGCUGUAAAGAAUUUGCUAUUUCUCUUUACGUGGUUGCUGUGAUGCCCAUAAUUCCUGUGACGUUCCAGUGAUAAGGGAAGAUCUUUAUGGUUCAUAAUUUGUGUUGAGACCAUGUUAAUGGUUGAGAUAAGAGCACAGGAACUUCCGAGUUACUGCUCCAAAGAGCACUCAUCUGGCUUGAUGGCAUAACAGAUAAUCACCGGCUUUUAUUUGGCUCCAAGCCAAAGUUUAAUGAAAACUGUCUGCUUCUCAUGCAAUGUUAUUGCCUUGACUAACUACUAAAUACUUAAAAAAAAUUCUAAAAUACCCACAAAUUGUUAAUGCUUGCUCAUUUCUCUGCUUGUCUACUAGACUAUUGGGUCUUCAUUAAAAACUCCAUUGUGUCUUUAA